GUGACCGUAACUCGAAAUGUUCCCGAUCCCAUCGCCGAUAAGAAUACCCGUACCGAGGACGUGACCACCUCCUGCAAAGCAACCACCCGCCCGCCGACGAUUCGAUCCCCCUCCCCGGUUCACCCCAACCGCUCCGCCCGUCGCCGCCUGAGAGGGGGAGGAAGGGCCGGAGGGGGAGGGGCUGCCCGUCGGCGAGAUGAAGGAGGUGGUGCUCCACGUGUACGACGUGACCAACAGCGACUCCGAAAAGACCAACAACACCAUCCUCCAGAUCAACCGCAUCUUCAAGGACCGCAUCGGCCUCGGCGGCAUCUUCCACAGCGCCGUCCAGGUCUAUGGCGAGGAGGAGUGGUCGUUCGGGUUCUGCGAGAACGGCAGCGGGGUGUUCAGCUGCCCCGUGAGCAAGAACCCCAUGUACACAUACCGCGAGCGCAUCGUCCUCGGCGAGACGGAGUGCACCAUAGCCACCGUCAACAGGAUCCUGCGGGAGCUCAGCCGCGACUGGCCAGGACACUCCUACGACCUCCUCUCCAGGAAUUGCAACCACUUCUGCGACGUGCUCUGCGACAGGCUCGGCGUCCCCAAGCUUCCAGGCUGGGUUAAUCGUUUUGCCAAUGCCGGCGAUACUGCUGUGGUGGUUGCUGAGAAUACAGCAGUUAAGUUCAGGCAGGCUAAAACAGAAAUUGUCAAUGCUAGUAGAGUAGCAUAUAGAUUUAUGGCCGGCCUGACUUCGAAAAAUCAGGCUUCACAAGAGUCUCCAGGUGACCAAAAUAGAGGCGGUUCACCUACUUUCCAGGGAGCAUGGUUCAAGAAUGUUGUUUCAGCUGGGGCAAAGCCGUCCACAAGCGGGUCAACUCCCUCACAAGAAGCUGAUGACGCACCCACCUUGCAGGGCCAGAAAUCAGCAGAACAAUCGACAAGGUUGUAGCCGUUGCUGUCACGGCAGACCUGCCGACCGUUGUAUUGGAAUCUGUAGUGUAACAGUAGCCAACAUUUGUUCAAACAUGUUUAUUCAUACAUCAAUCUAUGUGUCUCUGCAAUGCAACUGAAA